AUGAAUAGAUCCUCUAAUGCAUAUUUUUGGCUUAUGAAUUUGUUCAUUUUGAGUGUGGGUGUAAGGUCCCAAUUGACCCCUGAUUUUUAUAGGACAACAUGCCCUGAUGUUUUCAGAAUAGUUAGGAGAGAGGUACAAAAUGCUCUGAGAAAUGAGAUGCGAAUGGGUGCUUCUUUGCUUCGUCUUCACUUCCAUGAUUGCUUUGUUAAUGGUUGUGAUGGUUCAGUUCUGCUGGAUGGAGGCGAAGAAAGUGAGAAAUUUGCUACUCCUAACCUGAAUUCUGCUAGAGGAUUUGAAGUUAUAGACAGAAUCAAAAGUUCAGUGGAGAGUGCUUGUAAUGGAGUUGUGUCCUGUGCUGAUAUAUUAGCCAUAGCAGCCAGAGAUUCUGUCCUCCUUAGUGGGGGUCCCUUUUGGUAUGUUCAGCUAGGACGAAGAGAUGGAUUAAUAUCAAACGGGACACUGGCUAAUGUUUCAAUUCCUUCUCCAUUUGACUCACUAGAUACCAUCGUUUCAAAGUUUAAUAACGUUGGCCUCGAUCUCAAAGACGUUGUUACUUUGUCAGGUUCCCACACAAUAGGACGAGCAAGGUGCACAUUUUUCAGCAACAGAUUGUUCAACUUCUCAGGAACCGAGUCACCAGACAGAACAAUAGAACCCACUAUGCUCACUGAACUGCAAAAUUUGUGCCUACAAAACGGUGAUGGUAACACAACCACUGUGCUGGACCAAGAGUCAGUGGAUCUGUUUGAUAACCACUACUUCAAGAACUUGCUCGAUGCAAAGGGUGUUCUUAGCUCUGACCAGAUUCUCUUUUCCAGUAAUAAUGCCACAGCAACUACUAAACCUUUGGUCCAAUUUUACAGCGUUAAUGAGAGAGUUUUCUUCAUGGAAUUUGCCCAUGCCAUGAUCAAGAUGGGGAAUAUAAAUCCUCUAACUGAUUCUGAGGGUGAGAUUAGGAAGAAUUGCAGGGUGAUUAAUUCUUGAAAAUGUGAUGAAUUAAGACAUUGGACAGAUAAAAAGUUUAGGAAAUAGCUAGGGGAAGCAUCUCAAGUCUUUAUAUGUACAUUGAACGGGUUUGAAUGUACGUGCUUGAUGUGUGUUUGUAUUUUACAUAAAUAAAUUUUGAACAAAUCUUUUGCUAAUUUCUACAUUGAUUUAUUUAUCAAUUUAAUUUAAACUAGCAGAAAAACAAAAUAUUUCGUACCUCUGUAAAAAUAAAAUUAAUAAAUAAAUAAAUAGACAGUUAAUAUCUUGGAGUAA